AUGUCGACCAUCAGCCCUACCUUGAUCGAAGUCAGAGACUUUGCAAUUGGUCCUGACUUAUACCGCCGACGCGCGUCUGACUUGAGCGACUGGGAUGAUCUCAUCGAAUACACGUUCAACGCCUUCAACCGCGAUGAACGCUACUUCAGACUGCACUUCCAUUUCUCUCGGGAAACACAUUGUGUGGAGGACGAACUAUUGACGAAGGAAGACUGGAAUGACGGUAUCUAUGUCGUCGGCGCCAACAGACUAUUCUUUGCCCAUUUCGUCACAAGGGCUCGACAUGAACCUCGAGGUUAUUACAAGAGGAAGGAACCUUCACCUUCAUCAGUGAGCCCUACACCUGAGCCUGGGUCGCCGGUGGUACCUUGGACUAUGCCUCCGCUACCGCCCAUGAACGCGCAAGGUGUUUACGAGUACCCUCCGCCACCUGCACCUGCUCCCGCACCUACACGUCGUCCAGCAAUACGUCCUGGAGGUGGACCUCGACGUGGACUUGCUCGUGGACGCGGACGUGGACGCGCACUACAACCCGCUCAACGUCCACCACCUCGGCCAGUACCACCGCCAGCUCAACCCGUUCCAGCCGUUCGUCGACCCGCUUCUCAGCGACCGAACACCAACGCAACCAAUGUAUACACCAUUGGACCACCUAUACCGGCUGACCGGUACCCAAACUCAAGGUACUUCUCCUCACCUUUCACCUUCAUUCCCCUGCAGCCUGCCCCACCUCGACCACGAACACAUGCUCAACAGUACAGGGCCCCUCUUCCAAGUUCAGACGCACCGGCUACCAGGCCUGCGGCUGCGACAUCAGCUUCGGCAGCACCCGUUCGUGCACCUGCUGCGCCGAUGUUACCUCCUCGACCAGCUGUUCGCCAACCGGCUGGUGGGUCUACGUCUCGUCUGCCGACUACAGGCAGUUCAAGCGGUCAGCCAAUUGAGAUAUCGUCCGCAUCGUCAUCGUCAAGCUAUGAAUCUAGCAUGGAUAUAGACUCCAAUCAGCAUCCGGGUACCCAUCAGCCCACCGCACCACUUCCGCCGCCGCCGCCGCCGCAAAGUGAAGACUACAACAUGGAACUCGCCGACGAUCCCAUAUCCGACUCCGACGCGCAAAACACUCCCCUGCCCCCACCAACGUACGAUGAGUACGCGGACCUGCAGUACCCCGUCAUCCGGCCUUCACCAGGACCACGAUAUGAAGGCCAAACCGACGAUGAGGAACAAGAUCUCACACUUCAAUCCCCACUCUACCCACUUCCGGAAUUCGAUGACAGGCCAGAUGAUGAGCACGAAGAUCUUACCCUCCAAUCACCACUCUACCCAGGUUCGGAAUUCGAACAACCACCGGAUGAGGAAGAGGAUCUCACCCUCCAAUCCCCCCUCUACUCCAACUCAGAGUUCGACCACCCACCAGACAAUCAGGUCGAAGACGAGCAAAUGUCCGUCGCCCCCACAUCACCAGGCUCAGGCGGCCUCUUCGUGCGCGACGAGACAGAAGCACAGAACUUUGAGGCGGCGUUGGCGUGGGAGGACGAUGGUACGCAGCAGUCUGUCGGUGAAUCUGAGCUCGGACAAGAAGAGGAAAGGCCGGACAGUGGAGACGAGGAUGCGAUGACGUUUAUUGCGUCUCCUUCUGCUGCACCUUCGUCGGCUGUGCCUACUUCGGCGGGGACGGGUCUGUUUGUGUCUGAUGGGAGUGAGACGAGGGGCUUUGCGGAGGCUUUGGAGUGGGAAGAAGAGGAGGAUGAGGAUGAUGACGACGAUGAGGAGAUGGAGGAUGAAGGGGAGGGUGGUGUGGAGGUUAGGAGGCGAUAG